AUGCCCCGCAAGGACUUCUUGAGGGAUCUCAAUCUCGCCUCAAUUCCUGGAAUAUUUCCCCACACCUGCGCCUAUCCGAAAGAUCACCAGUUCUUUGUCUUCUCGGAUGAUGACAUCCCCGCUUCCAUAGCAACGGCGUUGACUUCUUACCAGCCUCUCGAUGGCAGUCCAAGAAUCGAGGAGUUUCUCACAUCCAUCAGUCGCUCUCUGGACCAGGCAAUUCUCGGUCUCGAAGAGUCUUCAGCUUCCGCUGAUGACUGCGAUGAUGACGAAUGUAUGGAGGAAGACGAAGACUGGGAUACUGAUCACGAGACAUUUCCCUUGUCAACAUUUGGCCCAUCUUCGACAGACGUACUGCGUUCCGAUCUCAGGGCUGUUAAAUCUGCAGGUUAUAAGGUCGGUGUCCUGGGUGAUGUUAAAGGGUCCGUCAUCGUGUGCAUCUCCUGUCGCAUAGGAAAGCUUGGGAUCUCCGAAGAAGCACUGCAAGCCUGGCAUGUUGAAGGGUCAGAAUACUUGACUCUCCUCCUGCGUUACCCUCUUGGGUAUGUUCCCCUAUCCCAGAUGACGGGUCGAGGACCCCAAACGCCAGAGACGCUCGUCCAAAUGCAUGUGGGCGUCUGCAAGUCCUAUAAACCGAGCUUGAGUUGUGCACUGCGGCAGUUCGUUUUGACGCAGGACCUAGACAGCAUGACAGGGGAAGUCUCCAACACCGCUUAUAGCGGCCAAGCACCAGCAUAUCGCUGUCUGCAGAUCGCUGAAUCGUUGAACAACCUCCUCGAGACCGAUUUUCUCCGUCUCCUUAAAUUUCGUCUGGAGCAUGGAUUCUCAUGGGCAGGGGCGGAGACGUACUUACACACUGCUCAGGGCGAAUCCCCCAGUUCGCUAGUCUCAACAAAUCCAGAAUACUUUGCCCCAGAUGACUGGAGCGUAUCUACUCCAGGCUUAUUGAAGGCCGAUCACCUUGCAAACGAUAAAGAGACAGACGCCCUGGUCUUUCCAUUGAUUGCAAUGCAGUUCGUACUUCGGCGGUUCGUCAAGUGCACCGAGUUUUGUCUCAACUGUUAUCGCAAGGUCGAGUUUGGAUUCGAGGCCAUCAAGCCCUAUGUCUGUUCCAAUGGUCUAUGUCUUUACCAGUACAUGCACCUAGGAAUGGGGCCGAGCGUUGAGUGGGAGAUACUUUCGCAGCCGUACGUUGCCGAUUUAUUGAUUAGCUUCACGUACUGCAGUGCCAAAGACAGGACCCUGCACGAAUUCCCUUGUGGAAUUGGGCUGAAGGUUCCGACAGGCAUAAUGAAAGAGGCACGCUUCGACGUGGACCUGAUGGAGAUCACCGUCGAACCGUCCUGUCAACUCCGAGUUGGGGAUUGGAUCUGUAUUACGACAACUAGCACCACUUCAACCGACCAGUGGCAUUGCGAAGUGCAAGAUAUUAUCUUGUUCCCACAUGUCAAACUAUCAACUCCGGUUCGAUUGACCAAGCGAAGCGUCAAACCCCCGCAACUCACUACGGGCAAACUUCGAUACGAGGUAUACAACAAGGACUUUGACAGUUUGAGUGCAGCGGAUAAAUGCACAUCGAUUGUCACGCUCCUAGCUACGCUUCCAGCCGUGGAUGAGAUGCGAGACUAUAUUACGAACGGUAGUUCGAACAACGUCAAUCGUGCGCUUUCCUCCUGGCACGACCGAGUGUCACCGGCUGCACUCUACGUGUUAAGAUGGGUCAUCGCUUCGAAUCGACCAUGCAUCUUGUAUCAUGAUGAUCCCGAACACAUGGUGUCCGGCAUGUCAGGCUACCUUCAGUUUCGAUUUGCGCAAGGAGCACCAGACAAGGAGGCCCGCUUUGUACAGGCCGUCAAUGCAGUUUCGUCGACCAAGGAUGGGAAUUCGCAACACCCCACCUUGUUCGCAUGGCAUGGCAGCCCUCUCCACAAUUGGCACAGCAUCUUGCGCGAGGGGCUACACUACAAAAAGGUCGUUAACGGACGGUCCUGCGGUAACGGGGUCUACAUGUCGAACAACUUCGCCACUUCUGUGGGCUACUGUGGCCGCGUGAACUUCCCUGACCCUAGUGCACCAACACUGCAUACUACCUGGCCGCAGAGCAAGCUCAACAUCAAGUGCGCAAUAUCCCUGAACGAGGUCGUCAAUGCUCCCAACCAAUUUGUUCACAAUACAGCGUGCUACGUGGUCCAGCACCUUGACUGGAUCCAGCCCAGGUAUCUAUUUGUCGGGCCCACUCCGACAGACGCGAAAGUCUGUCAAGGGAACCCAUCCAGAAUUUACACCCAGGAUCCAAAACGACUGGUUAUGGGUGCCGAGGGGAAGAAUGUCAAGAUCCCGAUCUCUGGCGUCGCCACGCACAAGGCAAAUGUGACAUCGAGCGGAAAACCCAAGGGGCGACGGAAAAAAUCCCAGGAGAUUAAUACCAGCCUCUGCGAUGCAGACAGCGUGGCUACCCUUGAAGACGAUCGACAGCUGCUCAGAGACAGCGACAAGGAAGACAAGGACGAGCUGCCGUUUCGCAUCGACAUUUCGAAGACUGAUUUUCGGCCGGGGACGCUGGAGGUAUCCUCGCUGCGACUCCUAGGACCUCCGCGAUACGCAACCACCACGGCGACCAAGGCGCUACACAAACGCUUACAGGAGACCCUGAAGGUCCAGAAGAGAGAGCCCCUCCACGAGCUGGGUUGGUACAUCGACCCGAGCCUGGUGAACAACGUCUACCAAUGGAUCGUGGAACUGCACAGCUUUGACCCGAACCUGCCGCUGGCCAAGGACCUGAAGAAGGCCAAGGUACACAGCAUUGUGUUCGAGAUCCGCUUCCCCCCUUACUUCCCCAUGAGUCCGCCUUUUGUCCGCAUCAUCCGGCCGCGGAUCCUCUCGUUCGGUCGCGGAGGCGGUGGUCAUGUCACCCUGGGCGGCUCGAUGUGCAUGGAGCUGCUCACAAACUCGGGAUGGUCGGCCGCCUGCAGCAUGGAGAGUGUGUUGCUACAAGUGCGCCUCGCGCUGAGCAAUACGGAGCCUCAGCCUGCCCGGCUUGACCAGUCAACCAACGCGGAUUACACUGUUGGCAAUGCAAUCUCUGACUAUCAGAGGGUGUGCCAGGCGCACGGAUGGCAAGUACCGGAUGAUCUUCAGCAGGUCCAUUGGUAG